AUGAGAGUGAAAGGAGGAGGGAGGAAGAAAAGCUGGGAAGCAAUGCCUGUAGACGACGGCGGUCUUCUAUUUCAAGACACGAACCCAAACGACGCAGCUUUUGGAGUACCGGAACACCAAGUCACUGAGCUAGAGGCACCAAUCGAGGCGGAGAAAAACCAAAACCAGGAGGAGGCUCAAGCUGUUGAGGACGGUGACGGCGAGGGAGAAGAGGCUGAGGCCGAGGCCGAGGAUGAGAAUAAGGAGCGGAGUACUAAGCUUGAAAUCGAAGCCAUUUGCCAGAAAAGGGACAUCGGAGCCGAUGACAACACCUAUCUGGAAACUGAAACCGAGACAUCGGAGUACAACUACUUCCACAACAUACCAAAAUCCCAACCUGCGGCCCACAUAAACCGCUCGUAUUCCCAAUCGGAGAAGUACACCCAGUCCGAAACUGAGAGAUCAGAGUAUGAUUUCUUCAUCCCCAACCGUAACCCUAAAGCUCCGACCAAGGCUCAGUUGGAGAAGUAUGCUCAGUCGGAUAGAGAAGAGGUCCAGUGCAGCGAAUGGGGCGAUAACGAUCACUACAGCACAACGAGCUUGUCUGAAAACGAAGACGACGACAGGGAUUUGAGAUCCGAGAUGGGGACUUGGUCGAAUUUCGACCCGUCGGUUCGGGCCGAGUCGGUUGCAGGCUUGGUACCGCUAGCCUAG